CACUGGAAACCAUGAACGCCUCCGUGAUGAAGGGCUUCAAUGGGUCCGAGCGGUGCCCCAGAGACACAAGAAUAGCACAGCUGGUGUUCCCAGCCAUCUACACUCUCAUUUUCUUCACCGGCGUCACUUUGGCCCUGUGGGUGUUUGUACACAUCUCCAGUUCCUCCACCUUCAUUGUCUACCUCAAAAACACUUUAGUGGCCGACUUAAUAAUGACACUCAUGCUUCCAUUUAAAAUUCUCUCUGAUUCACACCUUGGACCCUGGCAACUCAGAGCCUUUGUGUGUCGCUUCUCUGCUGUCAUCUUUUAUGAAGCCAUGUAUGUGGGCAUCAUACUGCUAGGCCUCAUAGCCUUUGACAGAUUCCUCAAGAUCAUUAGACCUUUUGGAAAAUUUUUUGUACAAAAACCUGCGUUUGCAAAAACGGUUUCAAUGCUUGUCUGGCUCUUUCUGUUCCUCAUCUCUUUACCAAAUAUAAUCUUGAGCAACAAGGAAGCAACACCAUCAUCUGUGAAAAAGUGUGCUUCCUUAAAGGGUCCUUUGGGGCUGAAAUGGCAUCAAGGGGUGAAUUAUAUAUCCCAAUUCAUUUUCUGGACUGUUUUUGCCCUAAUGCUCCUGUUUUAUGUGGUGAUUGCAAAAAAAGUAUACAAUUCCUAUAGAAAGUCGAAAAGCAAGGACAGCAAAAACAACAAAAAGCUGGAAAGUAAAGUAUUUAUCGUCGUGGCUGUCUUCUUCGUGUGUUUUGCUCCAUUUCAUUUUGCCAGAGUUCCAUAUACUCACAGUCAAACAAGCAAUAAGACUGAAUGCAGACUGCAAAAUCAACUGUUUAUAGCUAAAGAAACGACUCUCUUUUUGGCAGCAAUGAACAUUUGUAUGGAUCCCUUAAUAUACAUUUUUUUAUGCAAAAAAUUCACAAAAAGGCUAUUAUGCAUAAGAGGGAGAAAGACCACAGCAUCACCCCAAGAGAAUCAUACUAGUCAGACAGACAAUAUAACCUUAAAUUAA